AAGUCAAUGUGAAGUAUUCAAUACAAUCAGUUGUGUUUCUGUUUUCAAAGUUAUAACAUUCAAAAGAUAGAGUUUAGAUUAUCAAAAUGAAUGACAGUAAAAGUUAUCCGACACCUUCUUUGCAUGUUUUGACACCAGAAGAAAUCGUUUUAGUUAAAGAUUCAUGGAAGAUCCCAAGUGCUAAUGCUGUUGAUUCAGCUGAGCUCAUCUUCUAUACGUUUUUGUCACGUUAUCCUGAACAUCAAAAAAGAUUUGUUCGUUUUAAGGAUAAACCUUUAAAUGAACUCAAGGGAUCUCCAUUCUUUCGUGCUCAUGCAUCUCGAAUUUACAAUGUUUUUGACAGUGUUAUUGAUGGCAUUGGCAAAGAUCCUGAGAAUAAAGAAGUGAUGAGUUUUAUUGCAGAAUCUGGAAUUUUUCAUGCCAAAAAAAAGGUCACAAAACAAGCUCAUGCAGAACUUCGUGUAGUUCUUGUCGAAAUUUUGAAUGACGUUUGUAAAUUGGAUGAAAAAGGUAACGUUGCGUGGUCAAAACUUCUCGACAUAUUUUAUCAUGUCAUGUUCGAAUGUAUUGACGGUCGCUCUGAACAAUUCAAUUACUAAUUCCGUAUUUGUGGUAGAAGCUUAUUAUAUUUUUAUCGAAGGUAUUUUAUUUUUUUUAUGUUGAAUGAUUGACAGAUAUAAACAAUCAUUCAACGUUGUCGCACGAAUAUAAAAAUUUUAUUAACAUUUUUUACCUGCUGCACUGAAUAAGGAAGUAUCGUUUUAUUUUUAUUGAAUUUUUAAAAAUAGUUUCAGUCCAUAAUUCAGCUAAAAUGUAGUUACAAUUUUUAUAGAAUUAUUCAUAACAACGGUAAUAAUGAAAAGUGUUAACUAUUUUUCACUGAGUGUGCUAUCUAUUGGCUUCUAAUUUUUAAAUAAAAAAUUCUUUACUUUGCUCAAAGCUUUGCUCAAUUUUGUAUCAGAUGUUAAUCAUUAUUCCAGGUUAAAUUCCUAAACCACAAACAGUAUUCAAUGAAUACUCGAACAUUCUUGUUCAACUCGAUUAGUUUCCGUUUCAAUGAUUUUAUUUGCUUUACAACAUUGUUUCAUAAAUUACUUGAAAAUAAAACAAUAAACAUGAUACUUUAUUUACCUAUAAA